UUGGUUCUUUUAAGAAAUAUUCAAUCCUUUAUCAAGUGCACAACGAAAGAAAUUGUGAAAAACACAGUCUACUACAGUUUAUGGCAGAACAGCAUUCAACCAGUUUUUGACUCCGUAUUUUUUCGACAUAAAGAGGAAACAAUUUUGGGCUUUCAGAGAUGAAUAAGAAGUACUGUUUCAUUAUGCGUACUUUGAAUUUAAGAUUCUACCUUUUACAUAUACUCAUAAUUGGAAUAGAAGCGAAAGAUACUCAAGUUGUGCAAACAUCUAAAGGACUAGUGCAAGGGGAAGUUUUAAAAACAGUAAUCGAUUCCGUUGAAUAUUCUUCAUUCAAAGGCAUUCCAUAUGCUGAACCACCAUUGGGAUAUUUAAGAUUCAAACCACCGGUUCCAAAAAAUCCAUGGCAAGAUAUUCUAAGCACGCGAAUCGAAGGGCCGAACUGUGUUCAAAAGGAUUUUAUCUAUCAGACAAACUACACAGGAUCAGAAGAUUGCUUGUAUUUGAAUGUUUACACCCCAAAGCUUGAUUUACAAAAUGACAAUUCCAAUUUAUUACCUGUUAUGGUUUGGAUUUACGGAGGAUCAUUCAAAGGUGGAUAUGGAAAUAGUUCUUUGUAUGGUCCUGACUUCAUGAUAGAAGAUGAUGUUGUUGUUGUAACAUUCAAUUAUCGUGUAGGACCACUGGGAUUUUUGAAUUUGAAUCAUGAGAACGCAACUGGAAAUGCUGGGCUCAAAGAUCAGAAUUUAGUGUUACGUUGGGUUAAAGAAAACAUUCACCAUUUUGGAGGCAACCCAGAUAACGUAACUAUUUUUGGUCAAAGUGCUGGUGCUGUUUCAGUAGAUUUACAUGGAUUAUCUGAAAUGUCUCAAGGUUUAUUUCAUCGAUCAAUUUCAAUGAGUGCCUCUCCUUUAUGUCCAUGGGCUUUUCAUACACCGGAAGUUGCCGUGAAACAAGCUUUUAAAUUAGUUAAAAAGUUAGGUAAAACGACCCUCAGUGCGACUACAGCUCUACAAAGUUUAUAUCAAGCUUCAGCUGUUGAAAUUAUGAUAAACGCUGAAGACAUGGGAAUGGUUGAUCCACCGUUCAAACCAACGAUUGAAAGUACCAGUAUUGCUAAAAAUGAAGAAAAGUUUUUAACUAAAUGUUCAUUUUAUAAAUAUGUAGUCGGCGACUUUAAUAAAGUUCCCCAUAUUACUGGUUUUACAGCUUACGAGACUUUGCUUUUUGCUGGAAGCGUUGAAUCAAUUUUAGAUUUUGUAACUUUUGCCUCCAGCGUUUUAAAAACUUUACCUGAAAACUCGCCAAUUUCAUUACCAAUUACUCAAAAAGUAUUUUCAAUGACAGCUAAUGAAAUAGUUGAUCUUACAAACAUGGCAAUAAUGGAAUUAAUUGAUGAAACAUCAGAUAUUCUAUUCAAGGCUGGAAUUAAUUUAAAGAAAACUUUACUAAAUCAGCAAAGUGAACAUCCAGUUUAUUUUUAUCGAUUUUCUUAUAACACAAGUAAUCCGCUUCACAAACAAAUUUAUAAUAUAAAUUUGAAUGGUACGGCUCAUGGAGAUGAUUUAGCUUAUCUAUUCCAUCUUACUGUAGCAAAUAUCUCUUUGAGUUCGAAUGAUCCUACAUAUAUAACUCGUCGCAGAAUGGUUCGUUUUUGGACGAAUUUCGCUAAAUACGGUAACCCGACUCCAAACGGCCAUAAAGAUACAUUAUUGCAAGGCAUCACCUGGCCAGAUUCACGUAAAUCUGAUGAAUAUUUGGAAUUCAAUCAGGAUCUUGCCAUAAAAGAAAAUCCAGUUGAUACACGAGUUGAACUUAUCGAAACUGCUAAUCUAGCUAUUCUGCCGAUUCAAACUGGAUGUGUCGGUGAUCUAAUAAACAAAAUUAAGGCCUUGAAUCCAUUAAAAAGUUCUGGUAAAAUAAUCAAACAAAAAAUCAAAGAUAUUAUACCAAGCAGCUUACCCAAAUUUACAUAAUUGUAAAAUGAGAAAUCAUAUAAAAUAAAAUACUAUCGAAUGUCAAGUUUUAU